UUCUCGCAGCUGAUCCUUAAAUUGUUGUGCAAUUUUUUAGAGUAAUAUUUAUUUUUUUUGCACUUGUCUAACACGUGUCUAAUUGUAAUUAAAUUUCAAUUAAAUAAUUAAUUAUCACUGAAAAGUUGACAAAUAUUCUCAUGUGUCCAUAAAAUAUUAAUAAUUAACAAUAGAAGUAUUCUUUUUUUUAUGACAAAUAAUAUUGAGAUCUCUCAAAACUAUAUACUUAUAUAUAUAUAUAUAUAUAUAUAUAUAUAUAUAUAUAUAUAUAUAUAUAUAUAUAUAUAUAUACAAUUUCAGUCUCGUGUGUGUGUGUGUGUAUCUAUCUUCAGCCAAUGGCGAGUCGACAAAUAUGUUUUUCCGUGAUGUCGCAUUAUGUAUAUAAAUACAUGAGUCUUAAUACUUUGAUAAAAUCACAUUAGGGGGGGAUAUACACGACAAAUUUUGUUCAUUGUCAGUCGGUGUUUUAUUCAUUAUUGCGGUAAUUGUAAUAAAUAAACAAGGAAAAGAAAAUUUCUCUUAUUUAUUACAAAAAUUUUCAAGCUGUCAAUAUAUAAGGAUUCCUCUAUAAAGUGUCUCUGUGUGUGUGUAUGUGAAUUACAGUAUUUUUCAAGUUUUUUUGUGUGUAAAAGACAAGUGAAUUAAUAUUAUAAUAGCCUCGAUGAAAUAGUCGAGUUUUCUUAUCAAUUUCCUGUUAUAUUUAUAUAUAUAUAUAUACGUAAUCGGUUUUUAAUAUUUGUAAAACACAUUUUUUAAAAGAAAAAUAUUUCAAAAAUGGAAAGUGCUGGUGUCAGAUUAAUAAUAAAGGCUCCAAAUCAGCAGAUUGAGGAUCAAAUUAUAAUUUGCGAACUUGGUUGGACUAUUCGAAAACUUAAAGAUUAUUUAGCUGAAGUUUAUCCAAGUAAACCUGAAACGAAAGAUCAGAAAUUAAUAUAUUCGGGACAACUUUUAAAUGAUUCGGCAUGUUUAAAAGAUGUUUUGCGACAUUAUGAGGACACUGAAGAUCAACCAUUCACUGUACAUUUAGUUUGUCCAACUGAUAAAAUGGGUUUUGAAAAUAAAAUUGACAAAUCAAAUGAAAGUAAAAAUACAUUGAAUUCUGAACGAAAUUUAGAACAAAAUCGUUUUGAUUCUGUUGGCCAAGGAACUGUGAAUACACAACCAACUGCUCAAACAUUUCCAAUGCAAUCAUUUUACGGACAAUUAAAUAGUCAACAAAUUGCCUGGAUGCAACAAGCUUACACUCAUUAUUUAACGCAGUACAUGCAAUUAAUGGCUGCUCAAGGUGUUCAAGUGCCAAACAGUAUACCAUAUAUUCAAAGAAUGAAUUUAAAUUCAAAUAAUUUAGGUAAUAACAAUACUAAUGGGAAUAAUGUUAAUCAAAAUGAGGAAGUUGAACAGCCAAGACAAGUGCCACAAGAUAAUGCCGAUGCAGGAGCAGGCGAUGAUGCUGCAGCAGCUUUAAAUCGAGAUUGGCUUGAUUUAUUUUAUAUGCUCUCGAGGAUAGUUGUUUUAUUGGCCAUCGUCUAUUUUUAUUCGUCACCAAUAAGAUUUCUCAUUGUUGCCUUUCUUGGAUUUGCUAUGUAUUUAUAUUCAAGUGGUUUCUUUCGAGUCCAACCAGUUCUAAUGCCAGAGAAUAAUAAUGCUCGACCUGAGGAGAAUAAUCCACGGCCGGAAAAUAAUAAUCCACAAAAUGAUGAGCAACAACCUGGUGUUCAACAAGAUAACGGCCAAGAAAUAAGAGCCGAAACAAAUGAGAGAACAAAUCUAAUUAAUGAAGAAAAUGAAACUGAAAGACCUGGUGCUUUAGCAUUUACUUGGUCAUUUUUCAGUUCAUUUUUUGCGUCCCUCAUUCCAGACCAACCAAAUGUCCUGUAAUUUUUGUUGAGAGAAAUUAUUAUUAUUAUUAUUAUCAUCAUUAUUGUGUAUAUUGAGGAAAAUUUCAGGGUUUACUCAAAAUAUUUUCAAUAGAUGCCAUUUUGUAAGACUCUUUGAGACUCAUUGAUUUUUUUUUCUGAAAAAACAGAAGCUCAUUAAAUAAAAUUUCGACGAUUUCGUUCAAAUACAGAAUAGGAGCAAAUAUUUUUUUUUCUAAUGAGUCUUUUUUCCUAUAAUAUUGUAUAUAAGAUAUUUAGAAAAGAUGUAUAUUUUUAAAUUUAAAUACUGUCCAAUGUGCGUCGUUAAAUUAUGUUUUAGCCGAAUUUCCUAAAAAUUUACAUUAUUUAUAAAAAAAAAAAAAAAUAAGAGAGAAUGAUUUUUUAAAUUCAAAAUAUACAUUUUUAAUUUAUAUAUUUGAAAAAUAAAUUUAUAAAUUAAAAGAAUUUUCAAUUUAAAAGAAAAAGAAAUUAUUAAAAAAUUUUGUGAAUAAGCGAAAAUUGAAUAAAUAUAAGAGAAAAUUAAAUUUACAAAAAAAAUAUAUUAAAAUGAAAUGAUAUUAAAUAAUGAAAUUAAUUAAUGUCGAAUAAUGUGAAACUAUUUCACCUUUUUUUUUAAUAGAAUAAUUUUUGAGUUUUUAAAAAAAUAAUAAUAUUUCGUGUUAAUUAAUUAAAGAAUUAGAUUUAUUAUGAAAAUAAUAUUAUUAAGUGUUGUAAAUUUGAUUCUAUUUUUUUAUUAUUUCUAGUUGUGUAAUUUAUGAAAAAAAAUAAACAAAGCGUGUCAUUUUACUAUGUAAAAAAAAAUCACAUGCACGUUUUAAAUGUAUUAAAUAAUUGACGAAAAAAAAAUUGUUUUUGUCUAUAUUAUAGAAAAACACUAAAAAAAAAAAAGAAAACAUAAAACAACGACGCGAAAUAAAAGCUGUGCUUGUAAAUAAAUUUUAUCUAUUUAAGUUUAGUUUAUAAUCACGUCGUGAUUCUCUUAUAAAAUAAUAGUGAGGCUAAUUACCAAACAUUGAUACUGACACAUAUUAAUUGUGCUAUACCGUGGUGUAUUGAACCUUGUGAUUUGUAUCGUAUGUAAUAAUAGCGGGCUUUGUAAAAAAAAGAAAAAAAAAUUUACUUUUAUUCGUAUUCUUUAUCUAUACAUAUUUACACCAGAAUAAAUAAAUUAUAAAUUAUAUCUAUCGUAAAAAAUAAAUAGAAAAUUUCAAUUUA